UCUCCGGUUGGGAACCCGGCCUGAGCGAGAUGGCUCCGGGCUCGCGCGCGGGCCGGGUCGGCAGGCGCUGGACUCCGCCUCUGCCCGCGCCCGGAGCCGUAGCCGAGGCUGGCAGGCACCGCGUGGCUCGGGCUCGCAGGGCCGUGCGAACCGGCGCGGGGGAGCCUUGGUUUUCCCGCCGUUAACCAGCCCCCUCCCCCCGGGAACCGGCGAUUUAGCCCCCGGAAGGUGGCGGUCGUUACUCUCGCUCUUUGGGAGGACAAACUUACUGGGUGCGGGAGGAAGGCCGGGCUCCCGCAGCCCUGGGAGCCGGCACGGAAGGCCCUGCGCCGGGCAGGACAAAGCCACAGCCCCGAGCUGCGGCCGGCAGGGGCGUCGCCGUCUCCCACCGGGUCCGCCGCCCGUGUGACACCUGCGAGCUGCUCGCGGUGCAGUGAGGGAGGCUGCAGGCAGCCCUGGGUCCUUCGCUAGGGUCUGUCCCCGGCUCCCCGCGGGUCAGCCGAGGCCCCGGCUCCGCAGAGUCAGGCAGGAGGGGGCCAGGUCUGGGUGCAGCUGCCUGGGCCCACCCCCACUCCAGGGAAGCCGAGGCGCACAGCCGGCGCAGCAGCUGCCUCCCUGAAGUGUGGACCAGUCCAGCCAUGUUCCCUGCCCGCCUUCUCCGGAACCUUCUCCAUCCCAGGGUUGGGGGGCGCGUGGACCCUUUCUUCCUGCUGGCACUGACCGGGGGCAGGAGGGACUCACUUUCGUUUUCGGUCCACAGCUCUUCGGCUCCUAAAGGUGCCAGGGUGGUGACUCGCUACCUCCCAGCGAUUAAGGAGAAUGUUUACCCAAGCUUCCUCUUGGAGCUGAGCUGCUGUCCCUCAGCUCAGCUGUCUCCCCGAGGGUGGCCGGCCCCACCUGUCCCCGGGCUUCAGGAAUUCACCGGGAGGCACUUUUGUUCCUUGCUGUGGAUAGCAAUCAGGAAAAUGUCCACAUCUCAGUCGUCAGCUCCAUUUUAUUUGUUUACUUAUUUGAAAGACACAGCAACAGAGAGCGGCAAACAGGGGUGGAGCGAGGAGAGAUUUCCGCCCGCUGGCUCCUUCCCCAAACGCCUGCUGAAGCCAGGAGCACAGAACUCAGUCGCGGUAUGGGCGGCAGGGACCCAAGUACUUGAGCCACCAACUGCCUCCUCCUGCCAAGAUGCUGCGACGAUGGUGGCACUGCCGAGCAGUUCGGAAGCCCAGAUGGUGCAGUCGCUGGGCUUCGCCAUCUACCGCGCGCUGGACUGGGGGCUGGACGACACUGAAGAGCGGGAGCUCAGCCCGCAGCUGGAGCGGCUCAUCGACCUCAUGGCCAACAGCGACUGCGAGGACGCCAGCUGCGGGGCUGCCGACGAGGGCUACGGAGGUCCCGAGGAGGAGGAGGAGUCCGAGGGCGGCCCCCGGGUCGUGCGCACCUUCGCCCAGGCCAUGCGGCUGUGCGCUGCCCGGCUGACCGACCCUCGGGGCGCCCAAGCCCACUACCAGGCCGUGUGCCGAGCCCUCUUCGUGGAGACCCUGGAGCUGCGUGCCUUCCUGGCCCGAGUCCGGGAGGCCAAGGAGAUGCUGCAGAAGCUCGGGGAGGACGAGCCGCAGGUGGAAAAGCCGCUGGUGGAACUCGACGACCUGGGGCGCACAGACUGGGCUCGGCUGUGGGUGCAGCUCAUGCGGGAGCUGCGCCACGGGGUGAAGCUCAAGAAGGUGGAGGAGCAGGAGUUCAACCCCCUCCCCACCGAGUUCCAGCUGACGCCCUUCGAGAUGCUGAUGCAGGACAUCCGUGCCAGGAACUACAAGCUGCGAAAGGUCAUGGUUGACGGGGACAUCCCUCCCAGGGUGAAGAAGGAUGCCCACGAGCUCAUCCUGGACUUCAUCCGCUCCCGGCCUCCACUGAAGCAGGUGUCGGAGAGAAGGCUUCGCCCGCUUCCGCAGAAGCAGAGGACCCUGCACGAGAAGAUCCUGGAGGAGAUCAAGCAGGAACACAGGCUGCGCCCCGUCGGGGGCCCACGCUGGGGGGCCCGUGGGUUCGGCUCUCUGCCCUGCAUCCUCAAUGCCUGCUCCGGCGAUGUCAAGUCCACCUCCUGCAUCAAUCUGUCUAACAUGGAAGCUGGGAGCAGCACCCAGCGCCCGCGGCCCCGAGUGCUCCUCAAGGCACCCACCUUGGCCGAGAUGGAAGAGAUGAACACGUCAGAGGAGGAAGAGUCUCCGUGUGGAGAGGUGACGCUGAAGCGGGAUCGCUCUUUCUCAGAGCAUGACCUGGCCCAGCUCCGGAGCGAGGUGGCCUCUGGCCUGCAGCCGGCUCCCCAGCCCCCCGGAGGCGUGGAGCUGAGCCGGCCCCGGGCGGGCAGUGUGCACUCCUGGAGGCCCCGCAGCCGAGACCAGGAUUCCCCAUCUGUGAAUGUCCAGUCCCUGCCUGAUUCCAGCUCCCCCCAACUCAGGGGCCCAGAGGAGGACAGACCAGAUGCCAAACACCUGUGGCUGGAGUUCAGCCACCCCGUGGAGAGCCUGGCCCUGACGGUGGAGGAGGUGAUGGACGUGCGCCGCGUGCUUGUCAAGGCGGAGAUGGAGAAGUUCCUGCAGGACAGGGAGCUCUUCAGCAGUCUGAAGAAGGGGAAGGUCUGCUGUUGCUGCCGAGCCAAGUUCCCCCUGUUCUCGUGGCCCCCCACCUGUCUCUUCUGCAAGAGAGCUGUCUGCACUUCCUGUAGCAUAAAGAUGAAGAUGCCUUCCAAGAAGUUUGCACACAUCCCUGUGUACACACUGGGCUUUGAGAGUUCUCAGAGGGCGUCGACUGCCAAAGCCUGGCCGACACAGAGGCGAGACGUCUUCCAGUCUCUGCAGGGCCCACAGUGGCGGAGCGUGGAGGAGGAGUUCCCCCACAUCUACACUCACGGCUGCGUCCUGAAGGAUGUCUGCAGUGACUGCACCAGCUUUGUGGCCGAUGUGGUGCGCUCCAGCCGCAAGAGUGUGGACGUCCUCAACACUACGCCACGCCGCAGCCGCCAGACCCAGUCCCUCUACAUCGCUCACACCAGCGCUCUCGACUUCAAGUGAUGGCCUCAGGCUGCCAGGCCCCCGGGCAGAAGCCCAGCUUGGUCCUGGGGUGCUGGGGCACAGCUGCCUCCCACGCUCCUGAGCUGCGCGUGUACAUAUAUAUGUACAUAUAUACACAUAUACAUUUAUAUAAUAUAUACACACAGCCUAUAUUUAUA